CUGCUCUUGCUGCAAAUGAGUACCACGGCAACACUCAUGCCUCGUAUGGGGACAUUUGCCGUCCUCAGAAUCGAUCCUGUGGCUUCUGUCGCCCAUCUCGAUGACCCCGAAGCCACAGCUGCGGCAUCCACGCUCUUCAACCAAGACUACGUCGUCUAUUCGCUGCGCCCUAGUGGCCUGCCUAAUCCAUACACCGAGUUUCGGGAUGCAAGACCUGCGUUUGUUAUGCAAGGGACCCCCCAAGAUCUUCCCGACAAGUGUAUAGAAGCCGGAAUGUCUAUUCCCAUUGCCCCUCAAACGCUCACUGUCGACGAGCACCCGUCUCACCGCGAGCCGCUAAUGCCGACUCCAAACCCUCUACCCUGGCCGGACUGCUAUAUAACGAUCUUCGUCUCCGACAACGUGCGUUCUCCGAAUGUCCGUAAGGAGGAGACCAUUGUUUGCGAGCUCAAUCAGGCCGAGCGAGCCCGGUACUACCAUUUCGCGAUCGCUGACGAUGAACGGGAAGCAAUGCUCUUGGAUGAGAAAGACCGGAGAGAACGUGAGGCUCAGAAUCGGCAUGAUGAACCCAAUGUCGAGGGAGAUUCCGAAGAGAAUCUAAACGAGCCUGUUGAUGAAGAUCCCGACGAGUCAAUUGAAGAGGAAGAACUGGAUAAUGACGAAUCAAUGGCCUUGUUUCGUGGUCUCGUGUCAGGCGGAACACCGGAAUAUCUCAUUGUGGCCAAAUUCACUUACGACCUCCACCGGGUUGUCCAACUCAACGAUCCCCGCCAAUACUUCGACGAAGUCGCACAGAUCGAAGAGAUUGUCAAAGCAUCGCAGGCACGACAGGAUGUUGUCAAGGCUGCUGCCGCUCGCAACGAUUCCGCCCAGUAUGACGAUAAAACGACGGAGCUUUUGCAGAGCCAUCAGGCGUUGCAUGGCCUCCACAUCAGUGACAUCACUCCAGCAGCUGACAGUGAAGAGAGCCGGCCUUUACCUAUGGCGACAGCGACAGAGAAAGCACCUAUCUCCAUCAGGCGCCGAAUAUCGGAGGGUUUUUUUGCUUGUGCUGCACGCACAACAGGGGCCCUCCGAGUCAUUCGUCGUGUUCUCUGUUUACCGGUGUCCUCUUCAUCGAACAAUCUAUAA